CCCCUCGCUGCAGAGUCGCCAUCUGGGCUCUGCAAACUUGGUUGCUGCUGCUGCUCCACCACUCACUAGUCGCCCACCAUGAAGAAUUCCUCGCUGCUUUCCCUCAUCGUCCUCGUCGCCGCUUCGCCCCUCGCCGCCACCGCGUGGUCUCGCGCACGCGUAUCAUGCGGCGGCGGUGGCAGCUACGCGGCCAACAGCACCUACGAGGCCAACCGCCACCACCUGGCGGCCGUCCUCCCGGCCGAGGCCGCCGCCUCGCGCCGCCGCUACGCAUACCGUGCCUUGGGGUACUGGCCUAACCGGUUGCAGGCGGACUGGAGCUGCCAGAGCAGCGACGGCCGCGACUGCGCCGCCUGCAUCGCUGACGCCUUCGAGCGGGUGGAGCGCGAGUGCCCGUUCAGCAGGGAGGCCUUCUUCUUCGGUCGCAACUGCACUCUCCGUCUUGGCGAGUACAGUAUUCUCGGGAGCGAUGUCUUCGGGAGAAUCACGAUGACACCUCUGGCUAUAGGGAUGAUGUUUCAAGCAUUUGGGCUUGCAUGUCUUUUCCUCAUAUUUCUACAGGCUUGGCGCCAUGAAAUUAAGAAAUAAUGCACCGUCACGCGUCACACACCCCCUCCUCUAUCUGGAGAUCAAUAGAUGAGCGGCUUGGCGCACAGGUUUGUGCAUCAGCAGUCAGCUCCUACUGUCAUGGAAAAGAAUACCGAGGCACAAUAGCAACGAAAUGGAAUGACUUGUGUAUCUCAUAUCCUCAUCGUAGUCAUAGGCAAAUAAUGAAACGAUACCGAUUCUUCAGCGAAGCGACGAUCUUCAUCUCGAAAUAUGUAUGCAACUCCACGGUGCAGGUGUUGAGCUCUCGAUGGCAUCAUACGGACAACAUCGCGCUCUAUCUUGUUCAAACCAUACGUCGAACAACUUGCGUGCAACUCUAAUCAGCUGAGACAAUCAGGUACUCACACGCCAUGUUACGAAAAUGAACACAAAUCUGCGAAUGCGAGGAAGCAACAGAGAGCUAGCUGCUGGACACCAUUCGAUGUUGAUUUUUGCUAUGGGACACUACUCAAAUACAUCUUUGCUGCUGGACGCUCUUCAACUAUAGCGAUUUGCUAAUGGACACCAAGAUCAAUAAAAUAUUAUUUUUUUAUGUGA